AAAAUAAGUACUUCCCCGUGAAAGUCAUGCACAAAGAACUUCAAAACUGGCUUAUAAAUCUGUUAUGUUUUCAGACAACCGGUUCACAUGCAAAGACACACAGCCUGUGCAAAACGUCUUCUUUUUCUAAUACCACGGCGUAUGGCACAGUACUUCAACAUAAGUAUGUACGAAAUCCUUAUACUGGUGAUAUUGUUGUUGAUUGGAAAUAAAUCCAUUGAAGGUUGCGAAGAAGGCUGGGAAUUAAACGUUGGAAAAUGUUAUCUAUUCUCAAUGCAAUAUUAUGGAUGGGAGGAUGCUAAGAAAUAUUGCGAAAAUCUUGAAGCAAAUUUGGUGAAGAUUGACGACGAUGACGAACACAAGUACAUAAAAAGCAGGCUUUCAGCGAUGGACUUCCAUUACGCGUGGAUUGGUGCCAAGUACAGCCGUGCUUAUCGUAAACACCUCUGGAUUGAUGGAUCCGAAAUGACGUUCAAUGGCUGGGCGCCGAAAGAGCCUGGUAACAGGAGAGGCUGCGUAGCUUACCUACAUAAAUACAACCAUUUAUGGAGAUCACAUUGUGACUGCAAGUAUACACGAGGAACUUUUAUAUGUGAAAAAGUUCCGAAAGGACACGAUGAAGGUAUAGUUGAUAAGGAAGAUUCUGCACUAACACGCAUUAACGGUCCAGAACCAACGCUGAAGCCAACAAAUAGCACUGUUGACUUGGAUUACGUGUUUAAAGGUUCAGACUUUUGUGGUAAAGAAACAACAGUCACCACCGACAGUUUGACACAGACGGAAAAAUCACGUUUAACACCAAGCUAUGUGCAAAAGUCAACAGCUGACGAAAAAAGUACGGACACUACUGGUGGACCGGACGUGGACAUUCCGUCACCUGAUUGGAAAGAAUUAGAUAGCACAGAUAUUCCAGUUCCAAGAGUGAACGAAAAGACAGACGGGGACAUAAAGAUAGGAAGGAUAGUGUCGGAUUGUGGUGGUGAAUUUACUAGUCGUCAAGGCAUUCUGGAGUCUCCGGGCUUUCCCAAUUACUACACAAACAACCUACGAUGUUACUACACACUAAAUAUGGACCCUCAACAUGUCAUCCUUCUCAGCUUUGACAGGUUUGAUAUUGAAUAUGGCAAUGACUGUAGAUUUGAUUGGGUUGCAGUAUAUGCUGGUAACAAUGCUAAUUCUCUACUACUGGGUAAAUACUGUGAUAAAACAGUACCGCUGCCUAUCAGAUCGCUUGGACAGAUGCACAUACAGUUUUGGACUGACAGUUCUGUUGUUUAUACUGGAUUUAGAGCCCAUUACACGGUCUGCGAGUGUGGUGAUGUGUUCACAGAACCUCAUGGUAUCAUUGAAACCCCAGAAGGGUCCACAGAUUACCAUAACAAACAAAAUUGUACAUGGAUCAUAGCUGCUGGGCAAAAGGGAGUUGUACAAUUAAAAUUCCAGAUGUUUGAUCUGCAAGCACAUUCAACAUGUAGCUAUGAAUACUUGGUUAUAUAUGACGGGCCAUCCGUAACAUCCCCUUUGAUUGGUCGAUAUUGUGGUGAUGUCAUGCCUUCUGCGCAAAUAAGAUCCACUUCAAAUACAUUGACAAUCAAUUUUAUAACUGAUUCCUCUGUAACUAGUGCAGGGUUUAGAGCAGCAUAUAAUACAACAUAUGAUUGUGGUGGUGUUUUGACUAGUCGCCAAGGCAUUCUGCAGUCUCCAGGCUUUCCCAAUUACUACACAAACGACCUACGAUGUAACUACACACUAGUUAUGGACCCUCAACAUGUCAUCCUUCUCAGCUUUGAGCCAGACAACUUUGAUAUUGAAAGUGGGAGAGACUGUAGAUAUGAUUGGGUUGCAGUAUAUGCUGGUAACAAUUCUAACUCUCUACUACUGGGUAAAUACUGUGGUGAUACAGCACCUCUGCCUAUCAGUUCGCUUGGACAGAUGCACAUAGAGUUCUGGACUGACGAUUUCAUAAGCCGCCAUACUGGAUUUAGAGCCAAUUACACGGUCAUUGAGUGUGGUGGUGUGUUCACAGAACAUUAUGGUAUCAUUGAAACCCCAAAUGGGCUCACAGAUUACCAUAACAAUCAUAAUUGUACAUGGAGCAUAACAGUAGUGCCCAACAGGGUCAUACAAUUAAAAUUCCAGAUGUUUGAUCUUCAAGCAGAUUCAACAUGUAGCUAUGACUACUUGGAUAUAUAUGAUGGGCCAUCACUAACAUCCCCUCUGAUUGGUCAAUAUUGUGGUGAUGUCAUACCUUUUGAGCAAAUAAGAUCCACUUCAAAUACUAUGACAAUCAACUUUGUAACUGAUUCCUCUGUAACCAGAGCAGGGUUUAGAGCAGCAUAUAAUGCAACAUAUUGUUGUGGUUGUGUUUUUACUAGUCGUCAAGGCAUUCUGGGGUCUCCAGGCUUUCCCAAUUAUUACACAAACGACCUACGAUGUAACUACACACUAGAUAUGGACCCUCAACAUGUCAUACUUCUCAGCUUUGACCCAGACAACUUUGAUAUUGAACCUGAGUCUGACUGUGAAAAAGAUUGGGUUGCAGUAUAUGCUGGUAACAAUUCUAAUUCUCUACUACUGGGUAAAUACUGUGGUGAUACAGCACCUCUGCCUAUCAGUUCUCUUGGACAGAUGCACAUAGAGUUCUGGACAGACUAUUCGAUAGUCCAUAUUGGAUUUAGAGCCAAUUACACGGUCAUUGAGUGUGGUGGUGUGUUCACAGAACAUUAUGGUAUCAUUGAAACCCCAAAUAAGCCCACAGAUUACCAUAACAAUCAAAAUUGCACAUGGAGCAUAACAGUAGUGCCCAAUAGGGUCAUACAAUUAAAAUUCCAGAUGUUUGAUCUUCAAGCAGAUUCAACAUGUAGCUAUGACUACUUGGAUAUAUAUGAUGGGCCAUCACUAACAUCCCCUCUGAUUGGUCGAUAUUGUGGUGAUGGCAUACCUUCUGAGCAGAUAAGAUCCACUUCAAAUACUAUGACAAUCAACUUUGUAACUGAUUCCUCUGUAACCAGAGCAGGGUUUAGAGCAGCAUAUAAUACAACAUAUUUUCCAGAUAAGCCAAACUAUGUCUGUUACCCCAACAACAGGAUAAUUGUCCAUGAUUUACCCAAAAAUUCGUACUACUUUGCAAUGCAGAAUAUAUCUUCUGGUACUAACAUCAGGUGUACAGUCUCAACAUUAAACGCGACGACAGUAGAAAUCACAGGAUGUUUAAAGGAUGACCCUAUUUUAUUCACUUAUGGUCUCUUUUCUGGGAUUGAAACGUACCAGAUACAUGUUGGACAAUCUGUUGACAUCUACGUCAGGUGCUAUGAGAUAACUGAAGACGGCGUCGCUUUUGUUAUUAAUGACAACUUCGCUGCUACCUUGCAGAUUGACAGCAAUAAUACGAUAGAUCCCUCGUACAAUGUGUCAUCUUCAUUGAAUACAACAUUUUCUUACGUUGGCGAGCCGGUAGCUUGGACCAUCACUUUUCCAGUUGAGUACAUUCUUGAAGUGACCAGCUGCACAGCGGAACCAUAUACAACGGAUAAUACAGAUUUACUAGUUCAGCUGAUCUCAGAGGGCGGAUGUAUGGUUGACAGUGAACUGAUCAGCAAUUUUAAAGACAAUUUAGAUGGAACAGCUGUCGCAACGUUGUGGUCAUUCAAAUCCGUUUAUUACGACACCAUCUUGUUGAAAUGUGCCGUCAUAAUUUGUCCUGGUGCGUCAAACGCGUGCAAUACGACAUGUUCACGACUGAAAAGAGAUAUUCCUGACCGACCAUACAGGCAAGCAGACGACAGCUUCUCGACAGUUGUAGAGAGUCGUCUACAUGUAAUAGAUCACAAGUCUAGCGAAACAAUGCCAGCACCUGAUGUUGUGGCGGUUGUAAUGUUUCAACUUGUCGCAGUGCUUUUGAUAAAGUAAACAACAACAGAACUGUUUUGAUCUGCAUUUCGUAGUGGCAUUUACUAACAUUGUUUGCUUUUCCUGAAAAGUAUGUUGUUAAAAUUGUGUGCGUUUUGAGUUGUUUUGCUGCAUUUACAGCAUGUGUAUUCUGUUGCCAAUAUAUACAUAUUCUGUGCUGUCGUGCUGAGUUUACAACACUUGUAUUCUGUUGACAUUAUUUGCAGUUCUGUGUUAUCAUGUUGAUUUUUAUGCCCCCACUUUUGGGGGGAGGGGGAGUCAUAUAGAUUUGCCCUUGUCCGUCCGUCCGUCCUUCCGAGAAUGUUGUGUCGCGCCUAGCUCCAAAAGUAUUUGACGUAGAGUCACAAAACUUUACAGGAAUAUUGGACAGCAUGUGUAGUUGUGCACCUAGGGUUUCGCGGAUUCAUUCAGUCAUGUAGGAGUUAUGGCCCCUGACUUUGUAAAAAUUGGUCAUUUUAGUGUUGUGUCGCGCUUAGCUCCAAAAGUAUUUGAAGCAAAGUCACAAAACUUUACAGGAAUGUUGGUCAGCAUGUGAAGUUGUGCACCUGGGGUCUUGCGUCCGGAUUCAUCCAGUCAUGUAGGAGUUAUGGCCCCUGACUUAGUAAAAAUUUGGUCAUUUUAAUGUUGUGUCGUGCGUAGCUCCAAAAGUGUUUGACCUAGCGUCACCGAAGUUUACAGGAAUGUUGAUCAGCAUGUGCAGUUGUGCACCUGGGGUUUCGCGUCCGGAUUCAUUCACUCUUGUAGGAGUUAUGGCCCCUGAUUUAGUUAAAGAUUGGUCAUUUUAUUGUUGUGUCGUGCGUAGCUCCAAAAGUAUUUGACCAAGAGUCACCAAAGUUUACAGAAAUGUUGGUCAGCAUGUGCAAUUGUGCACCUGGGGUUUCGCGUCCGGAUUCACUAAGUCGUGUAGGAGUUUUGGCCCCUGACUUAGUUAAAAAUUGGUCAUUUUAAUGUUGUUUUGCACGUAGCUCCAAAAAUAUUUGACCUAGAUUUACCAAGGUUUACAGGAAUGUUGGUAAGCAUGUGCAGUUGUGCACCUGGGGUUUCGCGUCCGGAUUCAUUAAGUCAUGUAGGAGUUAUGGCCCCUGACUUAGUUAAAAAUUGGUCAUUUUAAUGUUGUGUUGCACGUAGCUCCAAAAGUAUUUGACCUAGAGUUACCAAAGUUUACAAGUAACUGGUCAGCAUGUGCAGUUGUGCACCUGGGGUUUCGCGUCCGAGUUCAUUCAGUAUUGUAGGAGUUACGGCCCCUGACCUAGGAAAAAAAAUCAUUUUAAUGUCGUGUAGUGGGGGCAUCUGUGUCCCAUGGACACAUUUCUAUUUGAACAUUUGUAUUCUGUCGACAUUUUUUGCAGCUCUUUGUUCUGCAUAAAGCAUAACGUAUUGCAGGCAUAUAUCCUAUUGCUUUACAGAAAAUGUCAAUAUAUUGAAACCUGUUAGUAUAUUGCAUGUAUAUUGUCCUGUUGCUAUACAGAGAAAUUAAUCUGUUGAAAAUUGUUGGUAUAUUGCAUGUAUAUUGUCCUGUUACUAUACAGAGAAAUUAAUCUGUUGAAAAAUGUUGGUAUAUUGCUUGUAUAUUGUCCUGUUGCUAUACAGAGAAAUUAAUCUGUUGAAAAAUGUUGGUAUAUUGCUUGUAUAUUAUCCUGUUGCUUGCAUAAAACAAUACAUAUAUUUCUUUUAGCAAUUAUUAAAGACAUUAAUGUGAUUGCAA